CGCGCGCAGUUUCUUUUUUUGGGGGAUCCCGGCACUUCGUUUUUUUCUUCUUUUCUUUUUACGCACGAGCGCGCGCUAUGGACUACUGUUGAGCUUCGUGGGAGAGAAGCAGUGCGCGCACAGACCAGCUGCAGCUCGAGCCCCGGCCCUCUCAGCUCGAGCCCCGGCCCUCUCGGUGCGUCUCCAGGUCUCCAUGAGGAAGCUGCUGCUGCUGCCCGCCCUCGUGGCGCUGCUCGCCGCCGCGCAGGUGUUCUGCGAGGAGAAGGAGCCCAAAGAGGAGGCGGACUACUGGACCAACACCAACGAGAUACAGGAUGGCUGGCAGGCCAACGACCCGCUGAGAGAGAUCCUCCUGAGGAUGACGAGGAAGCCGCGGCCGCACCAGUUCAUCGGGCUGAUGGGGAAGCGCUCCAUGGCAAACCCACAGAUCACCCGCAAGAGGCAUAAAGUCAACUCCUUCGUUGGACUGAUGGGGAAGAGGAGCCAAGAGGAGCCGGGUGAGUCCCACGCGGCGCCGCGGCGUCCUCCUGGGGGGGCGGCGCGGCGCUGACGAGCUUCCUCCCUCUGCAGGCUCGUACGAGUGGAACACGAUACGGACGUACGACAGGCGCCGCUAAGCUCCACCUCUUCGCCGGCCCGCUCCUCCAUCGAGCCAUUCCUCAUCCGUGGGAGGGGGGCACCUCCCCCCCCUCGAACCGUGUAAAGCUGUUAGUCGAGUGAAUAGGAUUCUGUUUCCACAUUGUCGUGACGUAGCUGUGUGUGUGUGUGUGGGGGGGGGGGGGGGGGGGCUCGUUAUCGAUGUUAGUGGCUUUCUGUGAGCGUUUUUUUCACCAUCUGCCAUGCUGCAAAAGACUCGAUGUUGUUGUGGACCAUCAAAGCAAGGCGCGGCCCCCGGGGACCUCAUCGCCGGUUGUCGUUCUCGUGGCCCGGCGGCAUCGUCUUGGCUUUCCCGUGGCUUCUUGAAGUUCUCAGCCGGGUACCUGUGUGUUACGCUGCAACCAAUAUUAAAAUUAUUUUCUUUACUGGUUCAACUUUCAACUUGUGAAUUCCUUGAGAAAAGAAGAGAAAUUUUCUUUUUGUCCAGCGCGAGUUCGGAGGUGAGGUAGGGGCGCCGUCUGGUGGCCGACAGAGGCACGACACGAGGGCCGCCCCGCCCCUCCCUCACGCCCACAGCCCUUGAGCAAUGGGGGGGGGGGGGGUUAAAAUCAUCAUUUCACUCAUGGUCUAAAAAUUAUUUCAUUUUUUGACAAAUUAGUAACACACUGAUGUCCUCCGUCCAUACAUCGCCCAACACACACACACACACAUCCCAAAUACCCAG